AUGAAAUCAGGUUCUGGCCUUCCUCCCUGUCCUUUAUUCUUCCAGGAUGGCCGCGUGGCAGGGAAAUAUCUGCGUUAUACAGUAGCACCCAUUAUCCUUGUCGCGGGGGCUCCACUCGUUUUAGUCCGCCUUUUCUUAGCUAUUCUGGGAUCUAUCGUCUUCGUCGCUUUAGCUUUCCUCGUCAACCUGGGGACUGAUGCAGCCAAGCCUCUUCCUCGCGCACGAGACAAGUUCUGUGUUGGGCUCUUUCAUUGGUAUAGUCUUUACAUUUCAGUUGUUACGGGUUACUUUUACACGGUGAAAAAUGAGCAGCUGUCACACCACAAGGAUGCACCGGUUGUUGUGGCCAACCAUUCUUCGAUAAUGGACGCCUUCACCUUUUCGCUCAAAUGCUUCGGGCAUCCCGUUGGCAAGGAAGGGGUUCUAAACAACUGGGCCAUACGGCAGAUAUUCCUCGCCGCUAGAGUUGUGAUUGUUAGGCGUCCUCCGUCGGCCGAGAUGCGUGAGCUACUCCAGCUCUAUACGUCCCCGAGUGCCUCCGAAGCUGAGAUCAUAUCCCUCAAUCCGCAAGAUGAGAACAUCCCUGCGCGUGAUGCGGAGAAGAUUGCAAAGUAUCAGAAGCUGCUUGAGAGGCGCAAGGCGUUUGGAAUCGCUGGUACAUCUGAGAUCCUGUGGAACCGCGUCCACGAUAGCGAGAACGAGUGGAAGCAAAUCGUCCUAUUUCCUGAAGGAACAGUCACUCCAGCCAGUUGUUUUACCAGGUUUAAAACAGGCGCCUUCCGCCUAAACGUCCCAGUUCAACCAGUGACGGUGCGGUACCGCAGCAUCCUAUCGACAUGUUGGCUUUCAGACAGUGUUCUAUUCAAUCUGUAUAAGAUUCUUGCCAAUCCUGUGACACUCGUUGAAAUGGAGUUUCACGAACCAAUGUCGCGCGCAAGUGAGGAGACUCCGCGAGCUUUUGCAGAUAGGGUUGGCAAAUAUAUGGCAGAUGCGCUUGGAGCCGUUUAUACCAACUAUACAAACGAUGACAUGCUCUAUUUCUAUGGAUACAAGAACAUAUCUGCAUGCACAGAGGAUUGGAUCCGCGACUAUGGGUGGAUGCAACGUCUGACCGACUUUUCUGCACGCUUCGGCAUCAACCCUAACUUCGGGAUAGACCAGGAAUUUGUUGAUAAGUGCUACUUACAGCAUCUUAAAGAGAAGAAGUAA